CAGAGAGCCAAUAUAACUUUCUCUGCUACUAUCCUUCAUAUUCCUAGUUCUGGUACACCGAACCCUCCCCUCCCAACUCCCUCCACCCGCUCCAUACCAAACGACCAAAAGCCAUGGGCAAGACAUUCCAAAAGAUCCACGCCUGCUCGGCAGGCAAAUUCCCCAAAGACGGAGACAAAAUCCCGCAAUGGAUUCGCGCCAAUGGAGGAGAAUACUAUUCGACUAUCACCCCGCAAGUAACUCAUCUCAUCACGACUCUCGAGGCGUAUAAGAAAAACAUCACGCCAGUCUGCAAAGCCAAGGCGCUGAAAAACAUCAAGAUCGUGACGUUCGACUGGCUGGAGGAUUCAUUGCUCGCCAAGGACAAAAAGCCAAAACGGGUGACUGAAUACCUCCUCGAAACGGUAGUGAAGGAGGAAGAAAAACGGAAGAAGAAACCUGCUCGAGGGGCUUCUCGGGCCACAAAGUCGGUGGGUGCUGCAGGCACAGCGAGGAAGGCUGGUGCUGCGAAGAAGCCCGCAGGGAGAAUCAAGAAUCCAGACCCGUUUGGAAAGGCCACUGCCAAAUUCAAGGCUGGAACCGCUGCGGCCAAGUAUUGCAUCUACGUGGGCGAGAAAACUGGGAUCAAGUAUGAUAUCCCUCUGGUGCGGGUUAUGUCCUCGAGAAGGUCGAGGGAGAAGAUCCGCCUCAAGGUAUACGAAUCAAAGGCCGAACCACACGUUUACGCUACGCACAUGGAGUACAGUCGAACUGGGGCGUUUCGUGCCCAGAUUUUGACACCUCUGGGAACUAGUCUGAAGACGGCCAUGGAUGCAUUUGAGGCAAAGUUCAAGAGUAAGACAGGGAUAGCCUGGGCUGAUAGGUCGAAUGGGGUUGCGCCGCCUCCGAAGGUGGACAAGGAAGGCAAUCCGCUUCCUGCGUAUGAGGGAUGGUAUUUCUUCGAAGACGGCCAGAGCAUAUUAUCCCAGUACUUGCAGUCUUCUAAUGCUGUCGAAGAUCAGGGGCGUGAAUUCGAAACAGCUGGUGGGGCCAUUUUGGAUUGAUGGAAGAAAUGCAUUGCUCUGGGCGCUGGAAAUCGAGCAGAAGCAGGCAUUGACCUUAGCCUGGAUACCACUCGUGGGCUUACCCCCGGCUUGGACAACUCAGUUCUAGGUGAUCGUGAGAUGCAACGGGAAAAGCGGUGCGCUGGGCUUAAAUUGCAGAAUGGGUGAUCAUUUCGGAAUUGCCCUACGAAAGGCACCCAUGUAUAUAUAUAUUGCAGGAUCCCCACCAGAGGGCGCGAG